GUACCCGGGGAGAAGCUCAUAUACCUAAGUAUUCGACGCAUACUUACUACCUCAUAUAUCUCACCCCACAUCGACUUUUGAGUCCAGUCGACGAGGACAUAAUAUUAUUCAAAACAACAUAUACUAGGUACUCAAAGCGAAACCAAUCACCAUGGGCAAUACGGAAGCGCUCUUCUCAGCAUCUCUCAUCUCACCAGUGAUUGCUGGUUCCUUCCCUGCCGACUUCACCAUCCGUCCAUUAGAGAAGGGAGACUACGCAAAAGGCUUCCUGGACUGCCUGCGCGUCCUCACAUGGAUGGGCGAAGUCAGCGAGGCCGAGUUCAACGAGCGAUUCGAUGAGAUGCUAGAGGCAAAAGGCACGUACUACUUUGCGGUGAUCGAGCACGCGGGCCGGGUCGUCGGAACGGGGGCCUUGGUUGUCGAAAAGAAAUUCAUACACCAGCGCGGCAAGUGCGGACACAUCGAGGAGAUCUCGAUUGCGAAGGAGCAUCAGGGCAAGGGGCUUGGGCUGAAGAUGAUCCAGACUCUGGACUCCGUAGCGAUUAAUCUGGGAUGUUAUAAGAAUAUCUUGAACUGUGGAGCAAAGAACGAGCCGUUUUAUGUUAAGUGCGGAUAUAAGAGCUCGGGGAUGGAGAUGUCGCAUUACUUUGAGGAGGAGCGUGAUGAGUAUCAUCGAGGAUAAUGAUGGGAGGAGGAGGUAAAUAGGUGGGGCGGGGGGUUCAUAGGUAGGUACCUAGGUAAAGAGGCAAAGGGGCUGGGUCUCUUAGAUAUAUUCUAAGGGGUUAUAUGGUAGUAGUCGAAGUUGGUUGAUCAUUGUAUGGGCUUGUCAAUCGGGAUUCGAAUAGGGAACAAACACUAGGUUAGAAUGCUUAUAGAGGUUGUUGCUAAUGGCCCGUAUCAAGAGUGAGAUAUAAUUCUAACAAUCUAGCUUGAU